AUGCACAAUGAUACUACUCAUAGCAAGCAUAAUAAUAAUAAUCAGCAAAAGCAACGAGAAUUAGCAGUAAAAGAUACCCAACUUUCUAAUUCAGGCAUUGAUAAAAUUAAAGAUUCACAGUUCUGGGUUUCUUUACGAAAAUUACUAGUUGAGCAAUUUCCAGAAACAAAUGAUGCCGAUAAUGUUUUAAAAGAUUUUUUUAAUUGUUAUAAUAAUAAGGAUUUAAACAUUAAUGUUAAUUUAGAAGAUUUAAUUAACAAAAAUUCUUAA